AUGAGUUGGAACGUCCUUCGCAGCUCAAGGUCUGCGGGGAAGAGCAUGGAUGGCGGCUUGCUCCCUUUCUCCGACUUCUGCUCCUACGUGCGCCAGCGCGUGCAGCCGAAGCACAAUGCCAACUUCGACAAGAAGCCGGUAGCGAAGGAUGCGCAGCUGGAUACCUUGCGGAAGUCGCACGGAGAGCAGGCCACUCACGGGGAAAUGAUGAUCAAGAAAACCAUGGCGGAUUUUGACAAGUUGGAGAAGGAGAUCAAGGGCAUGAUCAAGGACAACGACCAGGUGAAGUUGAAGAAGAUGUGGAGGAAGUUGGAGCCCAGGAGCUUCAUUGAAGGUUUCCUCGAAGGGUUUCCUUGCGACGUGGCGCGCGACCCCACAGAGGUGACUGAUCGGCGGAGGAACAACGCGAGCGGAUACAUCGCGCGAGCGAUCGCGGCUGAGGAUUUCAAUGGCAACAACGUGGUCUCGUUGGCUGAGAUUGACAAAAUGGCAGUGGAACAGUUCCCCUUGCUGAACCACAAGCCUGCGCUCAUGAGGGCCUACAAAGCUUCCUUCGGUGAUGAGGGAGACGAGUUUAUUCAUAAGCGUGAGUUCAAGAUUCUUCUGGCCAACCUGUUCUACUUCAACAAGCUCUUCUGGCUCUUUGACCAGGUGGACCAAGACCACGAUCGGCGGAUGGAUAUCAAAGAGUUUACGUGGUGCAUGUCCAUGUGUGGCCUCAAGCUUUCCCAGCCGAAACUGGAGGCAGAGUUCAAGAAGAUCGACCAGAACGGUGGAGGCAUCAUCCUCUUCGACGAGUUCUGCCGACACCUGGACCAAGCAGUGCGAUUGGGGCGACUGGGGCGACGUUCGUACCCUGGGGCGACUGGGGUCGGUUUGGGCUGA